UAGGAAACCCAACUCCACCAGCUCAGCAAACUGCCAAGCUCAUCCCCGGCGCCUCCGCCCCUCCCAGCACCGGAAGCUCCGGGACCCGAGACGAUAGGCGGGGCCGGCCCUCUCGCGAGGGACUGGAGCGCAGGCGCGGCCCACAGGGUAACGUCUGCGACCCCGUGACCCCUCUGGUGGCCCCACUUUGGCGCCCAGGCCUUCACUGACGGCGCAGGUAAAGGCCCCUAGGCUGCAGAAGUGGCGGUGGGGAGUAGCCAAGCCCUGGAGACCCGGGAAUCAGUGACCUUCAGUGAUGUAGCUAUCAACUUUACCAUGGAAGAGUGGGCCAUGCUGGACACAAACCAGAGAAAGAUGUUCAGAGAUGUUAUGCUGGAGAAUAUCAGUCAUCUGGUGUUCAUGGGAUAUCAGAUCUGCAUAUCAGAAGUACUUUCACAGUCAGAACAAGGAGAACUGUGGAGAGAAGGAUUAAGGUUUCUCCAAGUAUGGAGUCCAGGCAGGGAAAAUGACCAUAAAAAAGCAGUGAUAACCAUACAACAUAUCUCUAAGGACACAUCUACCAACCAGACAAAGCAGAUUUCUCACACUGAAGAGGGUCCCCUGGAAAGUAAUGAUUUCGGAGAAUAUUUCACUCACUCCACAAUGACUGACAUGGGAAAGACACCCAAUGUAAACAAACAAUUUCAAAGAGUUCUCAAUUAUCAUUCAUUCCUUCAUCAAAAUAAGAAAAUUCAAACUGGAUGUAAGUCAUAUAACUGUCAUCUAUGUGGAAAAGUCUUCAGAAGUAGUUCUGGCCUUAGACAACCUGAGAAAAUACACACUAGAGAAAAGCCAUAUGGCUACCAUCUAUCUGGGAAAGAUUUCACUGGUAGUUCUACCCUCAGACAACAUGAAAGAAUUCACACUGUGGAGGAUCCAUAUUUCUGCCAUCUAUGUGGGAAUUCCUUCAGUCAAAGUUUUAACCUUAGGCAACAUGAAAGAAUUCAGAAUAUGGAGAAACUAUAUGCCUGCCAUGGAUGUGGGAAAGAUUUCACAGAUAGUACCAGCCUCAGACAACAUGAGAGAACUCAUACUGAAGUAAAAGCAUAUGUCUGCCAUGUAUGUGGGAAAGACUUCACUGAUAGUUCCACACACAGACAGCAUGAGAGAACUAACACUGGGGAAAAACCAUAUGUCUGCAAUAUGUGUGGGAAAUCCUUCAUUCAAUCUGGUAUCCUUAGGCAACAUGAAAGAAUUCACACUGGAGAGAAACCCAAUAUCUGCAAUAUAUGUGGGAAAUCCUUCAGUCAUAGUGAUUCUGCCUCCCCAGGAGGUGAUUAUCCACUUGGAGACUUGACUCCAACCACUAUGGAAGUGGCCACCUCUGGAGUAACCCCUGGGACUUUGCCAAGUACCCCAGUCACCUCAUUUUGUGGGAUUUCUGACACCCUUCCUCCAGACUCUCCACCCUUAGAAGGCCCCAUGACCACACUGCUGCAGUCCACAGUAACGCGACACUUGGCGGCACCGGGACCGAAGAGAUGCAAGGAAGAGCAGCGAGCUGCGAACGAAAGCCCUUGGUGCGGGUCGAAGCCUGCUACUUGCGAAUCCUCCCGUGACGUCCGGGGUGCCCAGCAGCUGGCGACCUCUCUGGCCUCGGCCUCCACGGCUGGGCCCCGCAAGGCGGAAGUUCCGUGUAUGGCAGCAGAAGAGAGGAAGCGGAAGCAAUUCCGUCUACUGCACCUCGACCUCUUCAACUGCUACUGUCCGGCGGCCAAGGGCGGCCGCUAA